CCAGAGCUGCCGCUCAGCCGCCAGUCGGGUUCACAGUAGCUGCGCUGGAGAGCUGACCGCGCUGGGACAGCGCUGUGGUGCGAAUCUCGGCUUCCUGCGCAUUGACAGCGGAGUGCCUCAGCUGGUGUUUGAGUGCGCCGCCACAGCUGUUGGUGCGCAGUCACGUGGGGAGUCGCCCAGCUGUCUGUGCGCCACCACACAGCGAGUGAUUCCAGCUGUGCGCGCUUCGCCGCAUCAGAAGCGGCCAUAACUGAGAAGUGACGGCGCUGGAUUUGCCCGGCCACCGAGUCCCAUGCUCCUGGACGACCCAGAGCCGGUGACUGCGACGGUAGGGUGAACGGGGUCGGAUGUCCGCGGAGACGGAUCCCAGGACUCCAAAUGGCACCGACCGGCCGACGGAAGCGCGGCAGCUGCUGGCGCACCGGCGCCAGGCGGAGACAGGGGCCGGCUGUGCCGGGCGCCGGGCCGGCCUGCUUCAGUCGCGACUCCGUGGCCGAGUCGGAGACUCCCGUGUUCCAGGCAUUUCUGACGACACCGUCCGAACAGCAGCGCUUCACUUUCCCCGCGCCGCAGGACACCGGUGCCGGCCACUUCGACACGGACCCGAGCUCCCCGCACGGGGACCCGGGACCCAGGUACCCGCAGCCGGCGACCGAUCCAAGCCCCCCGCACCGCGAGACGGAGCCGACGCGUCCGCACUGGGAGACGGCUCCGAAAUCUCCUCUGUACGAAACGGCCCCCAAGUACCCAUACCAAGAAACGGAUGCCAAGUACCCGUACCAAGAGACGGGUCCCAAAUACCCGUACCAAGAGACGGGUCCCAAAUACCCGGACCAACAGACUGACCCCAAGUACCCGUAUUCGGAAACGGACCCAAAAUACCCGUUCUCGCAGACAGACACAAGGUACCCGAAGCAGGAGACAGAUCCAAAAUAUCCUUAUCAGGAGACUGACUCAAAGUACACAUACCAGGAGACUUUCCCAAAAUAUCCAUACCAGGAGACGGACCCGAAGUACCCGGACGCGGAGAGGACGCCCCCAGGCGGGCGGCGGCCGGUGACGGCGGCAGGGGCGGGUGGGCGGCGGUUCUCGGAGGCGGCCUCGCCGCGGCCCCGCCGGUUAGACGAAACGGGCAGGAGCCAGUCGGAGGAGGGCUGGCGACUGCCGCCGACGCGCGUGCUGCUCGAGCAGGCCACCCUCGAGUCGGACGAGACGGGCAGCCCGGGCGUCAGCAGUGACAUGCGCGGUCUGCACAUGGACGUGCGCGACUCGUCCAACGUGCACGUGGGUCCCAAGGUGAUCGACCAGCGCAACAUCCACGUGGCGCGGCUCGACUCGCGCGUCGACAACUUGCACCGGCAUGAACACGUGCAGGAGAAGCACGAGCACAUCCGCAGCAAGCACGAGCACGUGCAGAAUAAAACAGAGGUGCACAGCAAAACGGAGAACAUCAAGCACGAACACAUUCAGAACAAGCACGAGUAUAUCCAGGUGAACAAGACUGAGAUCGUGCACACUAACGCAAAAGCGAUCUUCGCGGACCGGCUUUACUUCGGCUACGACUGCUCGGUCCGGCACGACGCGGCGGCACGAUCGGCGCCCUCCUCGCCCAGCCGGGUCUCGCUGGAGCCGCGCCAGUUCCAGGAGGGCCGCCGUUUCCUGGAGACGCGCUACACUUCCUGGACGACGCUCUCGAUGCCGCUGCCCUGGUAUGACGACAUGGUGCUUGACCUGAGCAAGAGCUGCGUCGACUUCACCAUGGUGUCGACGGGUAGCGGCUCGGUGGGCACCUACAAUGGCGUGGAGCAGCUGGUGCGCGAGCAGCUGGGGCGCCAGCAGCAGACGCUCCACCUGCCGCGCCUCUACUGCGACGCGGCCGGCUUCUCGGCGUUGGCCGCUCUGAUACGGCAGCAUGUCAGCCUUAAAACGCUGGACGUGUCCGUGUUCCUGGUGGACGGUCCUGUCGACCUGGCCUGCACCUCCUACACUCAGCUCAACCGCAAGGCGAUGGGCCGCAACAGGAAGAUGAGCGUCAGCCCGGAGGCGGUGCGGAAGGUGCCUCUGCACCGGGCCGGACCGGGCCGGCCUCACCCGACCGCCGACCAGGGUCUGCGCGCGCGCAGUAACCCGGACCGGCCGCGCACCGGGCCCGACCAGGAGCUUGAGCGGCUCAAUGCCGUGCUGGCCGUCAACCUCAAGGACGAGCGACGGGUGCGCGUGGUCGACGGCAUCUGGCAUCUGGUGGACCAGGCGGGCUCCCGCGCCAUGUACCCGCUGCCCAUGUGCGACAAGAUGAGCCACAGGAGCGGCUACCACCAGCUGUUCGAGGCGGUGCGCUCGCGCGGCGCCCGCCUCGAGAACCUCACCAUCGGCAGGGAGUCACUCACCAAGCAGGACUUUGUCUGCCUCGGCGAGACCAUUCGCAAGUCCGAGUCGCUCACAGCGCUGAGCAUUGCCAACGUGGAGAAAGUAGCCAACAUCUUCCCCCUGAUCACGGGCCUUCCGACGGCGCGGCGGCUGGAGAGCCUGCUACUCCGCUCGCCGCUCAGCGACGUCAACGACUUCCUCUUCUCAGUGUUCUGUCGCUGUCUGGAGGACAAUGCGUCGCUGCAGGAGCUCAACAUCCAGCAGUGGAAGUUCAAGUUGGAGUCGCCGGCAUCGGUUGACCAGCUGCGUAGCCUGAUGAAGAACACGUCGGUGCAGCGGCUGGACGCGGCCGACUGUCGCGUCACGCUCGCCUGUCGCGUCGACGACCUCACCUUCCCGUGCGCCAGCAUCUGCCGGCUGAACCUGUCUAACUGCUCGGUUGAGACUUCGGGCGACUCACUGCGUGGUGCCACCCUGCUGCCGUUGCUGCAGGGCCUGUCGGCGCUCAAGCAGCUCGACCUCAGCCACAGCGCGGCGCCGCCUCUCAACGAUGCGGCCGUCAAGGCGUUCUUCGCCGGUCUGUCUAGCUUCAAGACUCUGCAGGAGCUGGCGAUCUGUGGCUGGAGCUACGAUGUGACCAACCCGGAGGCGGCGUACGCCGAGACCAAGGCGGCAGCGCGCAAGUGGAGCCGGCUGACCACGGUGCGCGUGGACAAGUCGCAGUUCACGGCGCGCGCCGCCGAGUGCGGAAAACAAUGGUUGGUGCAGGCGAUGGCGACGGGCGUGCCACACCUGCAGGAGCUGCGCUUCUCCAGUCUGACGCUAGCCGGCCACGCGACCUGCGCCAUCACCAGGCGACAGGUGGAGAGUCUGGCCAAGGCCAUUCUCAAGGCCAAGUGGACGGGCCACGCGCUGCGGCUAUACAUGCAGCAGGUGGACCCUCGCCUGGUCGGCACGUUCGUCGAGCUGACAAGCAGCUCGUCGCGAAUCGACGUCACCUCCAAUGGCCGCAUUGUCAUGUUCAAGCGGCUCAACAGCGGACAGUGGUGGCGGCUGCGGCCCAGGUGAAGGCGCGGUGUGCGCGGGCCGCUGGGAGCCGGCGGGCGCUGACGCCGGCGCGAACGUCAGCUGGCGGCGACGGAUGAUCAGGACUGGCGCUGCGGUGCGGUGCCGCGCGCAGUUGGCGGUGGAACUCGGGCGACAGCCGCGGGCACCAUUAGCGCCACGGUCACCGGCGCUCGUGCGUCGAGUCUCUCGACCGGACGCUGACGUGACACCGGCGCCACGGAGGACUCUGUCCCUCGGCUGGUGGCUUCUCGCGGUUGCCAGCUGACGUGGCGGCCCCGUCAGCUCUUGCAGUUGCGCCUCUCCACAGAUGACGCGGCAGGCCUCCCGCCGCGGCGGCGGUGCCCGUCCCGGGCCGUUGUCAGCUGUCGUUACGCCACGCACGAGAGGGGUGCCCCCGCGGCGCCAGCGAGGGCCGACUGGCGUCACCAGCGCGGCGUCACACUCAGCUGGUCCUCGGUCUUAGUACAACCGCUCUUGGUGUGUGGAUAUUGCUGUGGGAUUAACGCAGAUUUCACCGGCGAUGUCCUUGACUUGAGUUGUGAGUUAGUUGAAACGUUAUGUUUUUGAGCAUUUUGUGCACCUAUGCGCUUAAGGUGUUUAAUGAGAUUUCGGUGCGCCGUUGUGUCACUGUUUCUUUUACGUUAAGGUCAUGGUUGUUCCAGAAUACAACUGAUGGGUGCUUCGCUCAGGCUCUGUUUGACGAGAUAUACAUGUGCGGAGCGAGAGUUAGUUAGCCUCACAUUACCUUAAUCGAGACUUACAUCACAUUGCCCGCGGUUUUUGAUCAUCAGGACGUCAUCGGUAUCCAACGCAUGGGUGAUUAGCACCGAGUGCGGCGAGCUGGUGCCCUAAACUGAGCCAAUGGAGAACAAUUGUGAGAGGAGGGCUGUGUUUGCUUUCGGGCU